GAGGGAGCCCGGUCUCAGGCGUGUACACAGCCCUCCGUGCUGCAAGGCAUGGUAGAAGAAGCCUCUUUGUUUUCUGAAAACAGAAGGUCUUGGGAAAGGAUCAGAGGCUGAUAAACACAUUUCCCAUCCCCGGAGGACUGGAGGGAUCACACACUGAAGGCCAGGCUUCCCGUUAUCCCCACUCUGUUUACAUCAGGAACCGCUAAAAUUCCAGCGAAGAUGUGGACUAUUCUUCCCACCGACGACUGAACCUGCACAUAGAAACCGACUGCAGCCCUGCGGGAUCUGGGAUUUGGAGAGCCCCAUAAAGGGUUCAUAAAGGGCAUGGAUCUGCGGUCCAAGCACGGGCUGGCGCUGAUGGAGCGUCUCUGGAGGAUGAAGGAGGCGGGGGAGAUGACGGACGUGGUGCUGGUGACGGAGGGCGUGCGCUUCCCCUGCCACCGCGUGGUGCUGUCCGCCUUCAGCCCCUACUUCAUGGCCAUGUUCACCUGCGGCCUCCAGGAGUGCAGCCGCACGGAGGUGACGCUGCAGGACUCGCCCCCCGAGAUCCUCCGGCUCAUCCUCAACUACAUGUACCGGUCCGAGCUGCCGCUGACCAAUGGCAACGUGCAGGGCGUGGCCCUGUCCGCCUUCCUGCUGCAGCUGGACGACGUCUUCCGCCACUGCGAGAUCUACAUGACGGACAACAUGGACGCCUCGAACUGCCUGGGCGUGUACCACUUCGCCCGCGACCUGGGCGCGGAGGACCUGCGCGACCUGGCCCACCGCUACCUGCGGCACAACUUCGCCCAGGUGUGCCUGCACGAGGAGGUGGUGGAGCUGGAGUUCCACCGGCUGCUGCCGCUCGUGGCCUCCGACGACCUCAACGUGUCGCGCGAGGAGAGCAUCCUGGACGUGGUGCUGCGCUGGGCGAACCGCGACCGCGACGGCCGGGCCGCGAGCCUCCCGGAGCUCCUGCGCAAGGUCCGGCUGCCGCUGGUCAGCCCCGACUUCCUGCGCGAGGCGCUGCGGAGGAACACGGCGCUCCUGUCCAGCGCCGAGUGCCAGGACAUGGUGCAGGAGGCCCUGGAGCUCGCCCAGUGCCCGCCGCUGGCCAUGCCGCGCAAGCUGAAGCUGCGCUACGGCAUGGAGACCGUGGACCUGCUGCUCUGCCUCGGCGUGGAGGGCCAGGGCAUCCGGUCGCGCCGCGGCUCCUACAGCGACUACAGCUUCUGCUUCUCGCCCGCCACCGGCCAGAUCCACUACAUCACCUCGCCCCGCUACGGCGAGGCGCUGGGCUACGUGUGCGCCGGCGUGGUCACCCACGACAACCAGGUGGUGGUGGCCGGAGAGGCCGGCGCUCGCAGGAUGGCCCGGGAGAACAGCCGGAAUGUGGACCUCUACAGGUACGUGGUCUCGGCCCAGGGGAGCUGGCAGAAGCUGUCCUCCGCGGAGCACAGAGAGCUGUACGCCCUGGGGGCGGUGGGCGACACGCUCUACCUGCUGGGCGGGAUGAUGAGGCUGAGGAACAAGUACUUCAUGACCAACUCGGUGGAGCGCUGGUCCAUGCGGGGAGGGUCCUGGAGAACCACGGUCCCCUUACCCCUGCCGCUGGCCUGCCACUGCGCCGUCACGCUCAAAGACCGCCUCUACGUGCUCGGGGGGAGGACCCCGCAGUUCGACCGGCCGGACGACGAGCCAGAAUGCCUGAGCAGCCGGAUGUUCAGGCUGGACCCUGGAGCAAGCGCCUGGGUGGAGUGUGGCCCCAUGCGCUGCUCAAAAUACCGCUGCAGUGCCGUCGCCCUCAACGGAGAGAUCUAUGUCAUGGGCGGCAUUGGGUGCGAGGGGCUGGAUCGCGGACAGUCACGCCGCUGCCUGGAUCUCGUGGAGAUCUACAACCCGGACGGAGACUUCUGGAGGGUGGGUCCCCCUCUGCCCGGACCACUGCUCUCCCUGCACACCAACGCCUCCAAUGCCGGCGUGGUGGCGGGCAAGAUCUACAUCUGUGGCUUCUACAGGGGUUCCGGCCGGCAUGACAUCAUCACCAAGGACAUCCUGGAGCUGGACCCCUGGGAGAACCGGUGGACCAUGGUGGCCCGACGGGUCCUGAUGCAUGACAGCUAUGACGUCUGCCUGGUGGCCAGUCUCAACACCCGAGGCCUCAAAGCCCCACCCCCCGACCUACUGGAAGAGUGACGUGACUACGCCCCUCCCAGUCCAGCCAAAAAGUGCAUCGUGAACUAUUAUUGUUAAUGAUAUCACCGUUUUUAUUUUUUUUUAUUUUUUUGGUUGUCAUUUUCUGUUCGCUUUCGUUUAAUUUGCAUGUAUGAUAUUGACUUUCCUUUCCAUUCAAAUAUUGUUUCGUGUAUUUCAAAUGUUUGUAUGUGUGUAAAAAGUGGGGGGUGGGGGGUGGAGGGAUUAAAAAACAAAAUUUAGGCGCAGUUUAAUUUAUCGCUUUUUAACGUUUAUACAGAAAUGUUGCUUAAACAAACAUGACUCUAUAAACAUAAAUAAGCAUAACAGCUACCAUUAUUUCAGUAUGUGAAUAUGCAUGAAGGGAUUUAUUCAACCAUUAUUCAACACAUUUGAUUACAGUUUGAAAUAUAUUUUUCAAUGUGAACACUGAUUACUAGGAAAGAGUAACCAAUAUAUAUAUAUGCAUGACUGAGGACCCGCAAGGUCAGUGGUUUGAUCAGAGUAGCCACAAUGAGAUCCGCACAGCCGUUGGGCCCUUGACCAAGGCCCUUAACCCUGCAUUGUGCCAGGGGAGGAUUGUCUCCUGCUUAGACUUGUCAACUGUGUGUCUGCCAAAUGCCAUUUAUGUAAUGUAAUCUCACUUAUCUACAGAAAUGUUUGUGAAUUAGUGCUCUGUAUGCCCUGCCCUCCGUUCCUCCAGUCUUUGGGGUAGGAGGUGAGUGGUAGUGGAGAGCGGAAAGAAAUGGGACGUCCCAACCACCUUACACAGGUGUGCCCCAGGAGGGAGGGGCAGAGGUGUGUCAUCUGCUCAGGUCAGAUUCAGCGGGAUAAGACAUUCCUGUCUGCACAAUCUGAUCGAUAUCAAACACACAGACAGCUUUUAUCGCUUGGAUACGUGCCCUGACAUUGCAACACCUGUUUAUGUGCCACUUGUCUCUUGCUUUUACCAGUUGUUAUUUUUGCAUGUGUACAUCUUGUUUACUUAGUUACCCUACAUACACGGUAUUAAAUAUUAUUAUGGCGUACGUUGAAUGAAAACCUGGGUCUGCUGCACUCCGCACACUGUUGUAUGGGACAGGUCACAGGGCUGAAACUCACUGUUGUAAUUAUCAGUCAGCUCCGUUUUGGGCAGGGAUAUGGAAGAACAGGCACACACUCAGGGUGAUGCAGCAGGCACUUACCUGGGGCAGCAGGUGAACUCACAGCAUACAGAGAAAGACCGGACAGAAUGUGCCGGACAGUUCCUGGCUCAUUGCCCCAAGACUGACCUGCACCUCCCGCUGCCCACAGACAGCACAACUCAAACCUGGUCUGAACACUGCAGACAAACACAUCAUCGACACUGGUCUGAACACUGCAGACAAACACAUCACAUCACCACACGUCCGUGCUUGGAGUUGAGCACGG